AUGAGCGAGCCCACCGCCGCUCCCGAGCUCAAGGAGUAUCCCGAGUUCCCCGGCGAGAAGCUCUCCAAGAGCGAGUACAAGAAGCGCCUCAAGGCUGCGCAGAACGCCAAGGCCAAGGCGGAGAAGGAGGCUGCCAAGGCUGCCAAGGCCGCCGCCCAGCCCGCCAAGGAGAAAUCCGAGGAGGAGCAGGAGGGUGAGCUCGACGCGACGCAGUACACCGCCAACAGGAUCAACAAGAUCCUGCAGCGCAAGGCUCAGGGCGAGCACCCGUACCCGCACAAGUUCCACGUCGACACGCAGCUCCCCAAGUUCAUCGAGCAGUUCGCGUCCACCGUCGCGGACGGGGAGGUUAAAACGGACGUCGUCGUCUCCGUCGCCGGCCGCUUAAUGUCCAAAAGAGCGUCGGGCACGAAGCUGAUGUUCUACGAUCUCAGGGGCGACGGCGUGAAGAUCCAGGUCAUGGCGGACGCUAAGAACGCCACCGAGUACGACUUCGAGAAGUGCCACGCGUCGACCCGCCGCGGAGACAUCGUCGGCAUCCGCGGCCACCCGGGCAAAUCCAAGAAGGGCGAGCUGUCCAUCUUCCCGUGCCACAUGGAGGUGCUGACGCCGUGCCUGCACAUGCUCCCCGGUUUCUCCGGCCUCAAGGAUCAGGAGACCAGGUACCGCAAGAGGUACCUCGACCUCAUCAUGAACCCCGAGGUUCGCGACAUUUUCAUCACCAGGUCCAACGUCAUCCGAAGCAUUCGCAAGUACCUGGACGACAAGGAUUUCGUCGAGGUUGAGACUCCGAUGAUGAACAUGAUCCCCGGCGGCGCCACCGCCAAGCCCUUCAUCACCCACCACAACGACCUCGACAUGACCCUGUACAUGCGCAUCGCACCCGAGCUCUACCUCAAGGAACUCGUCGUCGGCGGCAUGGACCGCGUCUACGAGAUCGGCCGUCAGUUUCGCAACGAGGGCAUCGACAUGACCCACAACCCCGAGUUUACGACGUGCGAGUUUUACAUGGCGUACGCGGAUUACGAGGAUCUGAUGAAGAUGACCGAGGAGCUCAUCUCCGGCAUGGUGCUCAAGCUCAAGGGAUCGUACAAGAUCCAGUACCACGCCAACGGGCCGGACGAGCCCCCGGUCGAGAUCGACUUUACCCCGCCGUUCAAGCGCUUCAGCAUGAUCGCCGACCUCGAGAAGGCGCUCGACAUCAAGAUCCCGAUGCCGCUCGAGAGCGACGAGUGCAACGCCUUCCUCAAGGCGACGGUGGAGAGGGUGGGCAGCGAGUGCGCGCUCCCGCACACCACCCCGCGGCUUCUGGACACCCUCGUCGGAGAUUACCUCGAGACCCAGUGCCUCAACCCGGGUUUCAUCUGCGACCACCCCAAGAUCAUGUCGCCGCUGGCCAAGUACCACCGAUCGCUGCCGGACAUGACGGAGCGGUUCGAACUCUUCGUGAACAAGCGCGAGGUGUGCAACGCGUACACCGAGUUGAACGACCCCAUCGUGCAGCGCGAGCGGUUCGCGGACCAGGCGAAGCAAAAGGCUGCCGGCGACGACGAGGCGAUGUUCGUGGAUGAGACCUUCUGCGAGUCCCUGGAGUACGGCUUGCCGCCGACGGGGGGCUGGGGCAUCGGCGUCGACCGCCUGACGAUGAUGCUCACCGACACCGCGAACAUCAAGGAGGUGCUGCUGUUCCCCGCGAUGAAACCGGAGGAUAACGCCGUGAGGGAUAACACGCACGAUGUGCCCGCGGCGGUCGCGGCGGCGGCGGCGGCGGCCAAGGCCACCAAGCCCGGCGCCGCCGCGGAGGCUGGCGCGGGCGUCAAGCCCACGGACGCCAACCAGAGGCCCAAGCCCGACAAGAAAGACGUCGUCGCGCCCGAGCGCAAGCCGCUGCAACACGACGAGCCCACCAGCGACGAGUGGGCCACCGGCAAGCUGGGCCGGCCCGCGGGCGCGUUGGAGACGAAGGAAUGGGGCGAGACGUUCUACACCGCACCGGAGAAGUGA